CCGCCGGCCACUACGCUGCCUGGCAACUUUAGGCCCUCGAAUGUGCUUGACACAUUAUUAACUCCGCACAUCGCUUCGGUCAUAUCGGCGUCUAUCCCCGCAGUCCGACACCGUUAAGACACCAAGAUCAGCAGAAGGAUGGCAAGUGCUGCUCUACCAACCUACAGAAUGGCAUUGAUUCCGUCCACUGGACGACGCGUGUAAUAAAAGCCACUGUAGCGGGAGUUGUUGGAAGUCUCCGCUUACAGACAAGCGCGACAUGGUCAAAUACUCGCGCGACAAUGUGAUGCAGGUGCAAUUGAGAUCGCAGAAGAGGGCUGCUUUCAAAUAUAACAGUCAUGUCAAGACAUCAUCACUCCUUGAGUGGACAUAGGUAAAGCAUCGUGGAGGUGGUCCUGAGGUCGCGCAUGCCUGUUAUGUCGCACCCGCGAAAACUUAUCGCGACUGCCUGCUGCACGCGCGCUAAUCCACCCGAUUGGGUCGGUGAUGUUGACCGACUGCCUCUACACUCCCUCGGCUCGACCAGCACUACGCCAUAUACUGCCGGCGGAAUGCCUCCCUCCCUUCGUUCGCAGGACAAGCUCCCAGAUGAAUUCGAAUCGCUGCUGCAAAGGCUGCAGGAAGCACGCACGCAUCAAGAGUGGGCAACAACGUUACGCGCAACCGUCCAGGCGAUCCGUGCACAGCGCGCUUCCGUUGAUAGCUUUUUACAUCAACUAUGGGAGACUGUACAUGAGAAUGAGAUCUUUGGUAGUCGUCCCAAUGACACGGAUGGUUUGCCUGUUCCAGAUCACUGUUUCCCAAGAAGCCCGAGCCCUGCUAUGUCAACGGCGAUGCAAAAUUGGGGAAGCAACUGCUUCGAGGUACUCUGGCGCCGAGGCGCGUAUAUCCCGCAGCAGUGGAGUCAGAAUUUUGGCCAGCAUAUGGUGUACCUGGCCAAACACUUCCGGCUUGAGGUGUUCUCGCAAGCUGCUAUAGAAGUGUUGAGGAAGAAGCGUCCGACCGGCAAAAAGACAGCCAUUCACGUCACAGGUUCUCGGCUCCUCCAAACCGCAGAUCUACAAGAUAUUAGACUUCAGCUGCAGCCGAACAAGGUCAAGAGAGCAGGCACUACAUCAACGUCCGAGUACACGGCGAAACGCACUGGAAGCGAGCUCGACAAUACUGCAGUCGUCGCAAGCCUACUGGUGAGAAAGAAGACACGCACAUUGCAAGAUACUCCAGAACAGGCACGGGCAGCGCAACACGCAGAUUCAGGGCUCCAUGAAGCGCCUACACCAUCGCGUUCUACUACUCGGGAAAGUUCAUACAUCUAUCCAGCAAGCCCAAGCAGUUCUCAGGCUGCAGUGCACGACCCUCUCGCGGACGAAAGGUUUGCUGAACCACAGCUAACGUACGAGAGCGACAUCACGGACGCAGACGCCUUGCCGCGUUCCGUGCAAGGUAGGAAAUCAAGAGCAUCCGAACCAAAUUCAUCUCCGCAAACUCAGCCGUUGGACCGCAUCAGGCUAAGCUCUGAUCCCAAUGCCCCACAUCUGGACCAACGGUCGGAUAUCCGAGAAUCAGACGCAUACCUCCUCAGCGCGAGCGAGCUCACCGAUGACAAUUGGGUCAGUCAUCUGACUGUGUUUACGGUGCUCCAGCGAGUCAUGACGCAGAGAACAAGCAGGCUGUAUGACAUUGGCAGCCUGAGCUGCCUUUCUUCUUUGGAUGACUGGAGCCCAACAAUGCCGACGAGCUUCGACGACCGAUUCCUUCUUAUUCCAUUCAACUUACCAUUGACCGUCGGUUUGAAGCCAGAGAGCGGAGAAGACAGGAUGCGCCACUGGGUUCUCAUCGAAAUUGAUAACCAACAACGUCGAUACCGUGUGUUCGACCCUCAGAUCGAGAUCACACAGAGCCGGAAAUCCGAGGUCAUGAGCAUCAUCAGAAACAUGACAAGUGGUCUAGACGCUGCAGAAAAUGCAGAAUCAAGACCAUGGACCGAUGCAACUCCUUCAUCAGGCAUCCCGCAACAGGAUAGUCCAGGAAGCUGCGGUGUCUACACAAUGUACUUCACGUUGUGCCUUGCAGCUCGGGCCAACAUCAAGGACAUUGGUAGUCUUGUGUUGCGGAGCUUCUUCAAGGCUCUAGUCGCAACUGAUGCCACAGGCUGCACGCCACUGAUUCUCAUAAGUCCUGCUGUGCUGCCUGCCGAAGAUAACCAAGCCGAUUCGCACAUAGACAUUGCAGCACUUGUCAGGAGCUGCUCAGAUCUCCAAGUUUUGUCGUCAGAGCAUCUACCUACAAUCUCUUCGUUGAUGGACCAAACGUUCGAAAAUUUGACAACGGACAAGACAGAACUCAUGGCAUCGAUACAAGUAGCCACAACUCGUCUUGCGAUGCUGCGCGAGUACCAAUCGAGUCUUGAGACUCUUCGCGCUGACAGUUUCUUGCAACAUCACACCGACCGCGCCCUUACCGCGCAACAAUUACUUACCCGCAAAGUCAUCAGCCAAACGCGGCUUCUCGAGCGGCGGCUAUUGCAAGCAGAAGUUUCCACAGCCAGCGUGCAAAAGGCUCAGUCGAUCCUAUCCACAUGGCAGGCCACAAGCGCUCAAAAGCUCCAGGAGCAGAAGCGGCAAUACCAACUUGCCGCAGAGAGGUUCAACAGAACCUACACCAAAGAGCUGGAAGACAUAAAGGCGAGGCAGAAGUUGCUCGAGCUUCGGAAGCACGCUGCAGAGGAGGCAAGCUUACGGUUUCAAACACUGUUUUAGUAGCUUAUCGGUACGAUGAAGGUGACUCGCAAUUGUUGUAGCUUCGCUCAAGUUAAUAUUGAUCUGGUC